UAGCGUUUGAUAGCAGCUGAAUUCACAACUUUAAGUAGAGUAAGUCACAAUGCUCUGCAUUCUGACAGUUUAGUUGUGUUAAUCGCUCAAAGUGACAGCUCUGUACACACAAAAAUCUGGGCUGUCCGCUUGAUGUCACACAGACAUUGCUUUGACACCAGUUAUGCAAUCAUCAGCUUUAAAAAAACAACAACUACAUCACAAAUAUAUCUCCUGCACAACCAGUUGUGGGUUUAUUCUUGAGGUUUGUUGAGACUGAGAGCCUGUGGAGCUGCACUAUCUACACAAAAUCAACUCUAUGUUUGAGAAAUGAAGAUCGCUUCGUUUAAUGUUCAGAGGUUUGGAGUGACUAAAGUCUCUGAUCCUGAUGUCCUGUCAGCUUUAGUUAAGAUUGUGUCCCGAUAUGACAUCAUACUGAUACUGGAGGUUGUGGAUGUAAGUGGGAUUUCAAUUAAACUCCUCUUACAAGAGCUGAACAGAGUCAACACCGGCCAUCACUACGCUCUGCAGCUCAGCGCCCGCCUGGGCAGGAACAGAUACAAAGAACAGUUUAUGUUUCUGUACAGGGAUGAUGUUGUUGAUCUGAUUGACUGCUAUCAGUAUGAAGACAACCAGGUGAACGAUGUGGAUGCUUUUGCCAGGGAGCCUUACAUUCUUCACUUCAAACCAUGCAACACAGUGCUGAAGGACAUAGUGCUGAUUCCGGUCCAUACCAAGCCAUGGGACUCAGCGAAAGAGCUGGACGAGCUGUAUGAGGUUUUCCUGGUGGUCAAAGACAAGUGGAAAACUGAUAACGUGCUGAUCCUUGGGGAUUUCAAUGCUGAUGGUGCAUAUGUGACCCAUAAAGAAAUGAAGGACAUACGUAUCCGCAGUGACAAGAAUUUCCAUUGGCUGAUAGGUGACGACGUGGACACGACUUCAAACACAUCAAAUGAACACACCUAUGACCGGAUUGUCGUGUAUGGAGAAGAUAUGCUGGCAGCCAUUGUCCCAAACUCAGCCAAACCUUUCAAUUUCCACAAAGAGUUUGCCAUGACAGAAGAAAUGGCCCUGAGAGUGAGCGACCACUACCCUGUUGAGGUAGAAUUACGCAGCACUCCUCCAUUCUGGAUGACAAAGAGACAUCAAAUAAGUGAUAUCAACCCAACAUCAGUUAACACAGCUGUCACAGAUAGUCUGCAAUCUGAUGUGUUGAAACUGCAGAAGGGCAACCUCCUGUUGGAGCGUGAAAAACUACAACUUCAGAUCACCUUAUUAAAACAGCGGGUUGCUGCACUCAAGCUGAGAGAGUAAAUAGAAGACCUCAUACACUACUGCCUUUUGAAGCAGUGUUGUUUUUUCUUUUUCUAUCAUUUGUAUGACUUAAAAUGUAUAUUGAAAAAUGAAUAAAUAAUGCUGAACACGU